AUGGCCAAGCAGACCAAGUACAUUAUUGUUUCGGGAGGUGUGAUCUCUGGAAUCGGCAAGGGUAUCAUUGCGUCGUCGACGGGACUUCUGCUCAAGACUCUGGGUCUGACGGUGACCUCGAUCAAGAUCGAUCCGUACCUGAACAUCGACGCCGGCACGCUCUCCCCGCUGGACCACGGUGAGGUGUUUGUGCUGGACGACGGAGGUGAGGUCGACCUUGACCUUGGCAACUACGAGCGGUACCUGAGUGUGCAGUUGUCUCGCGACAACAACAUCACGACGGGCAAGAUCUACCGCGAGGUCAUCGAAAAGGAGCGUCGUGGUGACUACCUGGGCAAGACCGUGCAGGUGGUGCCGCACAUCACCAACGCGAUCCAGGACUGGGUCGAGCGCGUCGGCCGUGUGCCCACGUCGCAGAACGGGCGCAUCCCUGAUGUGUGCAUUGUCGAGCUGGGCGGCACUGUUGGCGAUAUCGAGUCGGCGCCGUUCAUCGAGGCCAUGCGUCAGUUCCAGUUCCGUGUCGGCCACGACAACUUCUGCCUGAUCCACGUGUCGCUGGUGCCUGUUGUUGGCGCUGUCGGCGAGCAGAAGACCAAGCCCACGCAGGCGUCCGUGCGCGACCUGCGCGGUCUCGGCCUGUCGCCGGAUAUCCUCGCGUGCCGGUCGGCUACGCCUUUCGAGGAGGGCAUCCGCGAGAAGCUCAGCAUGUUCUGCCAGGUGCGCCCCGAGCAAGUGUUCUCGGUGCAUGACUGCGAGAGCCUGUAUCACGUGCCGAUCCUUCUGCGUAAGCAGGGCAUCAUUGACGUCCUGACCGAGCGCUUGAAGCUCAACAAGCUGUCGAUCUCGGGCGAGCUGCAGGGCGAGGGUGAUGCGCUGUGGGCCCAGUGGCGUGAGUUUGCCCGCCGCCGCGCGCGCGACCUCGAGGUCACCACCAUCGCUGUGGUCGGCAAGUACACGUAUCUGACCGACUCGUACAUCUCGGUGGUCAAGGCGCUGGAGCACGCGUCGCUGAACGUCAACCGCAAGAUCGAGAUCAGCUGGGUCGAGGCCUCGGAUCUCGAGGAGUCGUCGGCGCAGAAGGACCCGCUCAAGUACCAUGAGGCCUGGCAGCGUCUGUGCGCUGCCGACGGUAUCCUGGUGCCGGGCGGCUUCGGUGAGCGCGGUGUCGAGGGCAAGGUGCUGGCUGCCAAGUGGGCCCGCGAGCACAAUGUGCCCUACCUCGGUAUCUGCCUGGGUCUGCAGGUGGCUGUGAUUGAGUUUGCGCGUCACGUGGCCGGUCUGCCCACUGCGCACUCGGCCGAGUUCCGCGAGAACUGCGACACCCCCGUGGUUGUUUUCAUGCCCGAGAUCGACCGCACCACGAUGGGCGGCACCAUGCGCCUGGGCUCGCGCCCCACCAAGUUCCAGGGCACGAGCUUUGCCCAGAACUCCAAGAUCCGCCAGCUCUACGGCAGCGUCGACGAGGUCAACGAGCGCCACCGCCACCGCUACGAGGUCAACCCCGAGCGCGUUGAUGAGCUGGAGGCCAAGGGCAUGCACUUUGUUGGCCGCGAUGCCGACACUGGUGAGCGCAUGGAGAUCCUUGAGCUUGAGAGCCACCCGUACUUUGUCGCUGUCCAGUACCACCCCGAGUACCUGACCCGUCCGCUGUCCCCGUCGCCGCCGUUCCUGGGUCUGCUGCUUGCUGCCUCGGGCCAGCUUGACUCGUACCUGUCUGGUGCCGGCAUUGCUGCCGAUGUCGACACUAAGCUGAAGAUGUAA